ACUUGUAACGAGAGUAAAGAUUAACCAAUAAUUUCUGCAAGUAACAGAAAUAAAAAAUUGCUAUCAACUUUUUUAGCCAUGAAAUUUGCUACUUGGUUUUUUGUUUCUUAUGUUCUUGUCUUUCUCGUUCUUUGCUCUUGUAAAGAAGUGGAAGCUCAGGAACUGUGUAAUAGAAUAGAAGACAUCGAUGGAAAUUGUGACUUUCAAGGAGAGAAGGGGUGCUUGAAAUUCAUGACGAAUAAGUAUAAGAAAGAAAGACAUGUUAGCUGCAAAUGUACUAACCUUUACAUGUUACACAAGACCAAACGUUUUUGCGACUGUAAACAUCGAUGCUCAAAAUAAACUCCAUAACCAAACAUUGCUUUUACUCUUUUUACUAAUAGCGAAGUUAUGAGAGGUUGUAGUGUUGUCAUGACCCAUAAAUAAGUUAUGUUAUUCUAAUGUCCCUCUCUCUCCUUUUUUUGAUAUAAAAUUUUAAUAAAGUUUUGAGUUAGUAGUAAGUAGAAUAUAUGAGUUUUUUUCAAUCAA